ACACAAAAGCUUUUUUUAGCUCGCUUCUCUCGUGAGUCGUUUUUAGGGCUGUCAAAAUCAUGAGACCUGCUCGCGGUCAGCGGUCUAAUUGGUAUUGGUGUCAGCUUUUGCGAAACCGCACAUGACUACAGAAUUUCAUGAGGCUUUAUGCAUGCGUUUGGCACUGAUGCCAAAAUCUUUUGUGAAAGGAACGACUACUUUUAUUCUUUCUCCUUGAAAGACUGAUUUGGUAUGGAUACCGACGCGAGGCAAACCCUUCGAAAGUUUUUGUUUAUCCCAGAGAAGUACACCAAAGUCACCAAAAAUGAUGACAGAUUUAUUGCUCUCGUCCAUAGGACUUGGCUUAGCUCUCUUUUACAAAAAGGCCGCCCGGAUAUUUUCAAGUAUCACGAAAAACUGACUGACUUUGAAGUAGAUCUGUUUUUGAAGCUUGGAGAGCCCUUUGAUUCCUCCUGGCAGUUCUUGUCAAUACGAGUCAUCCGGUUUGAUCCUGAAGAAAAAGUCUAUCCACUUCCUCGACCGAGGCAAACCAAUGCAACUUUGGAUUCCCUUCACCUUUCAUACUCACAGCUUUUGCACUACAUCAACCACUCAAACUACAAAAACUCGUGGAAGGACUCGUUCAGAAAAUUUUCAAGUCUGCCAGGCACGAAAGACCUUCAGAGGGUUCCUCUGCUUUCCAAAAACGCUGUUCUGCUGGAGGUGGUGAAACGAGUAUACUCAUGUCCUGUGAUCAACCUCGACACUCAAGAGGUUUUCCCUGCGCCAAAGGACUGCUUCCAAACGCACCCCAACUGUCUCCCCACUUUAUGCGCUGUUUUCAACUCUCAGCACUUGUUCCUAUUGCAAAACCAUAUUCCGCACUCUCUGUUCGACUGUGUCACCUUCAGCCCAGCAGUUCUGAACUCUGCAAGAUCGAGAUCUUUAUUCAUUAUUUUUCAACUCCUUCGUCUCCUGAGAGACACUUACGACAAAGGAGUUGUCCUCGGAGGCGUCAACUUACAUGAUCUGCUGAUUUCAACUAGCUUGUGGGUCAGUGUCGUUCCAAAAAUUGAGGAAAAUUUAAUUGCCCCAGCUGAAAUUGAUUCAGAGCAUCCCUACAUAAAUUGUAAAGAAGUGCAUUCUAUUUUGUUGAGGAAUGAAAAGUCUCGGGAAAAAGCUUUGAACCAACUGCUGGACCUUUGGGUACGAGGGCAGUUAUCAAACUUUGACUACCUCAUUGCCCUGAACUGCCUUGCUGGAAGAAAGUUCGGUCACCCCAGUCACCACCAUGUCUUACCUUGGGUGACAGAUUUCUCUACGUCCAAUGAUGGCUGGCGGGACCUUUCGAAGUCCAAGUUUAGGCUCAACAAAGGUGACAGGCAGUUGGACCUCACCUUCGAAACAGCCUCAAACCACCAAAGUUGUGAUUCACAUCUACUACAGAUUCCUCAUCACGUCUCAGACUUCCUAUCAGAAAUCACAUAUUUUGUAUACUUAGCUAGGAGAACCCCCAAAUCCCUUCUUUGCAAGUAUGUAAGACCUAACUGGGUGCCAGCCGAAUAUCCCAGUUCGAUCCAGAGAUUGCAGGAGUGGACUCCCGACGAAUGCAUUCCAGAGUUCUACACCGAUGCAAAUACAUUCAAGUCCAUACACGAAGAUCUGCCUGAUCUGGAGCUUCCUUCGUGGGCUUCUUCUCCAGAGCACUUUGUGGAGAAACACAGACAAGCUCUGGAAAGUGUGCACGUCAGCGAACGACUUCAUCACUGGAUUGAUCUCACUUUUGGUUACAAACUGAGUGGCUCUGCGGCCAUCAAAUCCAAGAAUGUGUGCUUGUACCUUGUGGACAACCACACCAAUCUCUCUGAUUGCGGAGCUGUCCAACUUUUCACGCAACCGCACCCCCACAAGAUCACCCCCAAUCCUUACAUGGAAAUAUCUGCUCCAAAAAUUGCCAUUCCAACAUGCAAAAAAAGACUGGAAAACACUCUGCCUUGCAUUUUGUCACCUGUGUUGUCAACACCUGACAAUAUAGAAGACAUGGUUGAAUUCCAAAGCGAGACGCCAGAAGACUCUUCUCCUCUUGGAGUUUUUAAGCCUCUGUCUAAGUCAAAGUCAUUUCUUGCCGCUGAAGAAGCAGCUAAGGCCAUUCACCUUCCGAAAGACUUCAACCCCAUUUCUUUGCUUCAAGACGUGGAGAACCUUUUCCACUUCUCCUCGGAAGUAUUACAUGAAAACGCAAAGGAUGAAAUAAGUGAGCAGCAAGAUCUUUCCUCCCCUUAUAAAAAAGCAGUGGCAGCAUCAAGGGUGAAGGAAAUGCAGACUCUCGGCUGUUUGAUUGUUGAAAUCUAUUUGGCUACCAAAUUAAGAGCAGCUGAUUUGAUCCACUGUGAUUUCAAUCAAAGACUCGAUCGUUGUCUUAAAGUGGUUGAAAAAGAAUGGAGGGACAUGCCCUGUGCAGUCAAGAAAAUCACAUCCCUCCUGCUUGAAGUGGAUGACUUUGGCAAGAAGUCACAAAAGCCGAAUCAAGAUUUUUACCACUGCAUCUCCUCAGGUGGCUUGCCACCUCCGUCUGCUCAUCAGCUCCUUCAACCACUUCUUUCGUCGGUUGUUCCUUUCCCGGAAUAUUUUGAGUCUCUUUACAUUUUGCUUGCUGGAAUCUAUGAAUUGGAAAGCAGUCCAGAUGACACAUCAGAGUUGCAAGUGAAUCUCUUCCACAAAGAAUUACCUCAGCUCUUGCAAAAAAUGGAUCAAGACGGGAUCAACCUUUUGAUUCCACACAUUGUGCGACUCCUUAAAAGCGAAUCUGCGACUAAUGCGGCCUGGCGCCUUUUUGACCCAGUGGCAAAAGCUUUAGGGCCUCAAAAAUCAGCCAAAGAGCUUUUGGAUCCAAUCUGCGACUUGCUCGAAAGUGGGGGAGCAACUCGAGCUAAAUUGUACCACAGGAGCUUUUUGCUCAAGCUUAUGGUCAGAUUCGGACUGAAAAUAUUCAUCGUCAACUUUGUUAAGCCUCUUGUCGAAGCAGUUGGUGGCUACAAAGACCAGCAGUGUAAAACGCCCACACUGGAUUCGGAGAGAAGAAAAUCGGAUGCACUUGGUGCGGUGGAAAAUUUUGCCAUGUACGAAGGAGAAGCUGGAAUUUUGUCUCCUCUCGACGAAGAUUCCUCUGCUGACUCUGAAAAACUUGUUACAGAACAGGAAGUUUUUCAAACAAAAAAGGAGGAAGUUUCUGAUACAGAAAAUGAGCUAGAAGUUUUUGUUUUGGAAAACAAUAAUGAGAAUGAGGAAAGUGACCCUGUAAACUUGGUGACCUCUCCAGCUGUUGCUUUGGACUUAAUGGCCCAGUUAGAAAUAGACAUGGAUCAAGAACCUGAAAACACCAAUGCAAAUGUGGAGAUUGAUGAGGCAAAAGAUUCGACCCCUGAAGAAUUGGCCGCCGCCACUCCAGUGCAGACAGAAUGGAGACCUCCAAGGAGACCAACUGCUGCCACCGAGUUUCCUGUCUCGGAGGAAAGUGCAGAGUCUCUUCUGUGGUUGGCUCACAGGCUGGGACCGGUGCUGACUGCCAGGCACUUAUCACGGAACCUUUUGAGAAUGCUCUCUCUUUGUUAUCUCGGGGAAAGCAGCUUAGCACCCAGUAAAGGACAGGAUUCGUGCUGUCAAGCUAUACCUGGUUUAAAACUUGUUGGCGAUGACAACUCAGCAAGGGUGCUUUCCUGCUUGGCUGAAAUUGCAGCAAUUUAUGGAGAACAGCUGGUUGUUGUUCAAUAUUUUGGUCACAUGUCAGAGUUAAUUGCCCUGUGCAAGCGAAAACUCACCCAAAACUUGGAAGCUGGGUUGAUAGGGUGCCUCUCAUUAGUGUGCAGCAUCAUUCCAUACCUGUCAGACUCAAUAUUGAUGGAACAACUUACUGACAUCCUGAAGAACAUUCUUCACCCGUCAGUACGCCUGGUGGCCACAACCAGAGCUCCUUUCCCCUGCGGAGCAACAGCCAGACUUGCUUUGGCUUACAAAUUGUUAGAGGCACUUUAUAUGAUUGCGUUGAGGAUUGGAACGGACAUGACCAGAAUGCAUUUGUCCGUCACUCUUCAAAGAUACUUCCUUGCCUUCGACAAAGCUUAUGACCAGACUGAACCAGAAAGCAGCCAUUUGGAAGUCAAGAGAGAAUCAACAGACAUCACUCUCAGAGGAUCGCCAUUGCAAAUUUCACAUGUUAUGGUUUACGAGUCUAUUGAUUCCUUCUCACCACCUGCCCCAAUUCUGGAAGCUGCGAACGAGAUUCGAAGCAAAGCGCUGCACGAGAUCAAGGCAGUUUUUAAUGAGAAAUUGGCCCACUGCAUUUACAUUCCAUUUUAUCGUCUAUUGGGAGAAUCACUAAUGGAGAAAAUAAUGAAAAACGAGCCUCUUGUCAGAGAUCUCUGCUACCAAUACGAGCAGAUGACGCCAAGACUGAAACACAGUCAAGGAACUGGAAGUCUUGUGUACCUGUCGGAUCUUCUGCCGACUGAAGAAAAUCUUGCUGGCACCUCUGGCAGUUUUGGCACCAAUGUUUCUGUGAUUGGAAACAGAAUAGAAUUACAGCGUCCAGACAUACCGUCAACCCUGCCAAGUCCGGGCUUCAAAAAUUUGGACGAAGUGUCUAACAUCAUCAGCAAGCGGAUGGAAAACACAAGUCGGCACCUGAGGGGGAACUGGCUUGCUUACUGGGACCAUGAAAUUGGCCGUGCUGACAAAGAUAACAAGUUCAACUUCAAGCAAAUCAAAUUGCAGCAGUUCACUGGCCACACACACAGUGUCCGGGCACUGCAUGUUUUGGACAAUGAAAACAGUUUCAUCAGCGGCAGCCGAGACAAAACUGUCAAAUUAUGGUCUUUGCGCAGUCAAGGUGAUGGCACCACAGCCUCGACCUGCAGGUGGUCGUACAAUCAACACCGCAAGUCCGUUCUGGCCAUUGCCUAUGUCGAGCCAAUGGGACUUGUGGCUUCAUGCGACUCGAUUGUUCACCUGUGGGACCCCUUCAUGGGAGCGACGGUCGCAGUCUUGGACGGAGCCAACAGGACCGCUAACUCACCUGUCAAUGUUUUACAUUCCAUGCCAGCACCAAGUUGCUCAGUUUUGGCUGCCACGACGGAUGCAACUUUGAAGAUUGUGGACAUCAGGACGGCUGAAUAUGUUAUAGAGAUGAAGGUUGCGAACUCAGCAGGCGGUCUAAUUCGCUGCAUUUCUGUGUGCAACUCUGGUAACACAGUGGCUGUGGGCCAGUCAUCCGGCCACCUGGCCUUGUUGGACGUUCGAAUGGGUAUGAUCCUGUCAUCCUGGAAAGGUCAUGAAGGUGAAGUUCUCCAGCUUGCCUCUUCUGGUAGCAAUCUGGUCAGCUCGUCUCUAGACCAGACGGUGGCCACCUGGAGUUCAGACAACGGGAACCUCCGCUGCAUCCUGAAAGGACCCACCGAGCCAGUUCAUUGCCUGAAUGCCUACAAUUCGGAGCUAAUUUCAGGCACCACAGCCAACAGAAUCGGGGUGCACACCUCUGUGGGAGAGCAGGCGUGCUUUUCCUCAACUCGGCUCAGGAGUGACACUUUCAAAGGUGUCCUAACAGCUAUGGCAGUCUUGCCCCUCAACAGACUUCUGCUGCUUGGUUCAGAUGCCGGUCAUAUCAGUCUUCUAUGCUAGUCAAACUCCAAGUAAGGUUUAUUUUACCUGUACCAACUCUACUUUUCAUCUUAAGCACAAGGGAAACUACCAUUCCAGUAUAUUUUAGGGUUUUUGUGGUGUAUUUUGAUAUGAUGCGAUUUUGUAUCCAAAUCAAUCGUGAAUUCUUAAGAAUUUUUUAGCCAAAGUUUCUUUCUCUUUUGGAAAAGUCGUAUAAUUUCUGUCAUUGAAUUAAAGUUGAAUUGCUUUAUGUUUAAAAUAACGAAAAAAGGCAAAUUUCAUUUUAAUCAGGGAACCUUUGUCAGGUCGAAGGCAAGAAAAAGUCUGUGCAAAUCUUGAACCAUUUUAUUUCCCAUGAAAGUAUUA